AUGGGGUGUGGGUCAAGUUUUUCAAUAUUACCAUUAGUUCAGAAAAAUAAAAUCGUAGAUUCAACAGCAAAUGAUAAAUCAAUUGGUAAAUUACCUCCAAUAAAUUCUCAACAAAAAACAAAUCGAAGUAAAGAUAAUCGAGAGAAAAAUCUCGAACCAUUUACACUUGUUUGCCUCGAUAAACAUUUUAAUGAAAAUGAUAAACAACUUCGAUCAAUUAUUGAUUAUAUUUGUUGUUUUAAUGAUAUAAAUAAAUGUGAAGAAUUUAUUAAAAAUAUCGAAAAAAAUAAUUUUAUAUUUCUUAUCGUAUCAAAUGAAUAUUUUACAAAUAUUAUCUCACAUAUUCAUGAUUUAUCACAAAUUAUUGCUAUUUAUGUAUUUCAAGACAAUAAAACAAAAAAUAUUGAUAAACAUUGGAUUAAGCGAUAUUCAAAGAUGAAAGGCAUUUAUUUUGAACGUGAAAUUUUAUUUGAACAAUUAUCAUCCGAUGUGAAUAUAUCAAUGAAUAUCAUUGAUUUAAUUCCUAUCACUGUUUAUAGUCGUACUGAUGCAAUUCAAACAAAUAAUAAUUCAACUGAUCAUCUUCAAUUUUUAUUUUAUCAAUUAUUUAUUCAACAAUAUUGUUUAAAUCCAUCAACACUAUUAAAUAAUAAAGAUUUUCUUAAUUUAAUUCAAAAUUAUUAUUCAUCAAAUCGUGAAGAAAUGAAAUUAAUUAAUGAAUAUAAAAAUGAAUGUAAUUCAUCGAAUGAUAAUCUAUCAUGGUGUUUACGAGAGAGUUUUCUUCGAAAAAUAUUAAUACAAUCAUUGAUUACAUUCAAUAUUCCAUUAUUAUUUUCAUUAAGAUUUUUUAUUCGUGAUAUGCAUAAAGUAAUGAUUGAAAAAGCAUCAUCAUCAUCAUCACAUCAAAAACAAAAUUUUUAUCCAAAUGGUUCAGGAAGAUUUGGUAAUGGGAGAUUAACAAAUGAACAAGUAUUUUAUCGUGGACAAGCUUUAUGUAAAGAAACAUUUUUUAAAAUAAAAUCUAAUAUUGGUGAAAUAUUAUCAAUGAAUAAUUUUCUAUUAGCAAGUAAAAAUCGUCAAGAUUCAUUAGGAUAUAUUCGUCAAAAUCUACCAAAAACAGAUUUAAUUUAUCGAAUUUUAUUUGAAAUUAAAGUUCCACGGGAAUAUUCAUUACAAAAACAACGUCCUUUUAUUGAUAUAAAUUAUUUAAAUGGUCAUAAUAAAUCAUCGGAUGAUGAUAAAGAUUUAUAUUCAAUAUUAUUUUUUAUUGGUUCAAUAUUUCGAAUAGAUACAAUUGAAUUUGAUAUUAAUAAUGAUUGUUGGAUUAUUCAAUUAACAUUAUAUGAUGAACAAAUAAAUCAAGGUUUUUCUCAAGUAUUUACAUUUUUAAAUGAUACAAAACAUACAAGUAUAGAAAAUACAACAAUAUUAGCUAAUCUUCUUCGUCUAAUAUCACCAAAUUCAGCUGAACAAUUUUAUAAAUAUUUAUUAAAAGAUAAUUCAAAUUCUUUAUCAAAAUUAGAAUGUUAUCGUGGUCUUGGUCUUUGUUCAUAUACACAAAAUGAUUAUGAUCAAGCAUUAAUUUAUUAUGAAAAAGCUUUAAAUUUAAAACCAAAUGAUAAAAUAAUAAAAUCAUCAUUACAUAAUAGUAUUGGUCUUGUUUAUGCUCGACAAGAUCAAAUAGAAGAAGCAUUGAUACAUUUUACUAAAGCAUUAGAAAAUAGUUCAAUACCAUUACAUAUGGCUUGUGUUCAUCAUAAUUUAGCAUUAAUUUAUAGUAAACAAGAAGAAUAUGAAGAAGAACUUCAACAUUAUGAAGAAGCAUUUCAAAUCCGUACACGUCAAUUACCAGUUCAACAUUUACAAAUAGCAUCAUUACAUAAUAAUAUUGGUAUUGUAUAUUCUGAUAUGCAUGAAUAUGAUCAAUCAUUAUCAAACUUACGAAAAGCUCUUGAAAUUCGUUUAAAAUUAUUAGCUGAUACACAUAUUGAUGUUGCUAGAAGUUAUGCUAAUAUUGGUACGGUUUAUUCUAAAACACAAGAAUAUCGUAUGGCGUUAGAAUAUUUAAAUAAAGCACAUAUUUUAUUUGAAAAACAACAACAAAUACCACAACAAGAUCUUGAACAACUUGAUAAAAAUAUUAAAAUUGUUAAUGAUAAACUUCGACGUCAAACUUAUUGA